AUGACUGAGCACGCGUCCACUCCGGCGGAAGGGGCAGCGGACGCCGCGUCCGCGCCUGGCGCGCAGGCAGAGACACUCGCGUUCGACGCGCCAAAGACCAUUCCGGGGAUGAUGGAGGUGCGCCAGCUGCUGGCAGACGACCCUGUCGGCGGGUGGGACAAGGCGUGGCAGGCGAGCACGACGCCGUGGGAUCUGGGCGGCGUGACGCCGGCUGUAGCGGCGCUCGUGGCGGCGGAAGAGGGGUCGCCGCUGCACCUGCCGCCCUCCAUCCGCCGCGUGCUCGUCCCCGGCUGUGGCACCGGGUUCGACGUGGAGGCGUUGGCAUCGAGUGGCAGGGAGGCGACGGGCCUUGACAUCUCGCCGGCUGCUGUGGCACAUGCAGAGAAGCGGUUGGAGGGGGCGGGCAACAGGGCGGCCAUGGCGUUUGAGUGCGCCGACUUCUUUGAGUACCGCCCCGCACAGCCCUUCCAUGCCAUCGUUGACUGCCCGUUCUUCUGUGCGCUGCCGCCGUCACUGAGGGGCAAGUGGGCGGCCAAGACAGCGGAGCUGCUGGCACCACACGGGGUGCUCUUCACUCUCAUGUUCCCCAUCGGCGCCCACGAGGGCGGCCCGCCGUAUGCCGUCUCCAAGGACAGCUAUGCGGAGGUGCUGCAGCCGCUGGGCUUCACGGCAGAGGAUCUGCCCACCGUCAGUGUGCCGCCCAGACAGGGCACGGGUCAUCAGGCCACGGGUCAUCAUUGCUCUGCGUGUCAGGGCACGGGUCAUCAGGCCACGGGUCAUCAGGGCACGGGUCAUCAGGCCACGGGUCAUCAGGGCACGGGUCAUCAGGGCACGGGUCACAAGGGCACGGGUCACAAGGGCACGAGUCACCAAGGCACGGUCAGCAGUGCUGUGCUUGUCAGCAGUGCUGUGCUUGUCAGCAGUGCUGUGCUUGUCAGCAGUGCUGUGCUUGUCAGCAGUGCUGUGCUUGUCAGCAGUGCUGUGCUUGUCAGCAUUGCUGUGCUUGUUAGCAGUGCUGUGCUUGUUAGCAUUGCUGUGCUUGUCAGCAGUGCUGUGAUUGUCAGCAGUGCUGUGCUUGUCAGCAGUGCUGUGCUUGUCAGCAGUGCUGUGCUUGUCAGCAGUGCUGUGCUUGUCAGCAGUGCUGUGCUUGUCAGCAGUGCUGUGCUUGUCAGCAGUGCUGUGCUUGUCAGCAGUGCUGUGCUUGUCAGCAGUGCUGUGCUUGUCAGCAGUGCUGUGCUUGUCAGCAGUGCUGUGCUUGUCAGCAGUGCUGUGCUUGUCAGCAGUGCUGUGCUUGUCAGCAGUGCUGUGCUUGUCAGCAGUGCUGUGCUUGUCAGCAGUGCUGUGCUUGUCAGCAGUGCUGUGCUUGUCAGCAGUGCUGUGCUUGUCAGCAGUGCUGUGCUUGUCAGCAGUGCUGUGCUUGUCAGCAGUGCUGUGCUUGUCAGCAGUGCUGUGCUUGUCAGCAGUGCUGUGCUUGUCAGCAGUGCUGUGCUUGUCAGCAGUGCUGUGAUUGUCAGCAGUGCUGUGCUUGUCAGCAGUGCUGUGCUUGUCAGCAGUGCUGUGCUUGUCAGCAGUGCUGUGCUUGUCAGCAGUGCUGUGCUUGUCAGCAGUGCUGUGAUUGUCAGCAGUGCUGUGCUUGUCAGCAGUGCUGUGCUUGUCAGCAGUGCUGUGCUUGUCAGCAGUGCUGUGCUUGUCAGCAGUGCUGUGCUUGUCAGCAGUGCUGUGCUUGUCAGCAGUGCUGUGCUUGUCAGCAGUGCUGUGCUUGUCAGCAGUGCUGUGCUUGUCAGCAGUGCUGUGCUUGUCAGCAGUGCUGUGCUUGUCAGCAGUGCUGUGCUUGUCAGCAGUGCUGUGCUUGUCAGCAGUGCUGUGCUUGUCAGCAGUGCUGUGCUUGUCAGCAGUGCUGUGCUUGUCAGCAGUGCUGUGCUUGUCAGCAGUGCUGUGCUUGUCAGCAGUGCUGUGCUUGUCAGCAGUGCUGUGCUUGUCAGCAGUGCUGUGCUUGUCAGCAGUGCUGUGCUUGUCAGCAGUGCUGUGCUUGUCAGCAGUGCUGUGCUUGUCAGCAGUGCUGUGCUUGUCAGCAGUGCUGUGCUUGUCAGCAGUGCUGUGCUUGUCAGCAGUGCUGUGCUUGUCAGCAGUGCUGUGCUUGUCAGCAGUGCUGUGCUUGUCAGCAGUGCUGUGCUUGUCAGCAGUGCUGUGCUUGUCAGCAGUGCUGUGCUUGUCAGCAGUGCUGUGCUUGUCAGCAGUGCUGUGCUUGUCAGCAGUGCUGUGCUUGUCAGCAGUGCUGUGCUUGUCAGCAGUGCUGUGCUUGUCAGCAGUGCUGUGCUUGUCAGCAGUGCUGUGCUUGUCAGCAGUGCUGUGCUUGUCAGCAGUGCUGUGCUUGUCAGCAGUGCUGUGCUUGUCAGCAGUGCUGUGCUUGUCAGCAGUGCUGUGCUUGUCAGCAGUGCUGUGCUUGUCAGCAGUGCUGUGCUUGUCAGCAGUGCUGUGCUUGUCAGCAGUGCUGUGCUUGUCAGCAGUGCUGUGAUUGUCAGCAGUGCUGUGCUUGUCAGCAGUGCUGUGCUUGUCAGCAGUGCUGUGCUUGUCAGCAGUGCUGUGCUUGUCAGCAGUGCUGUGCUUGUCAGCAGUGCUGUGCUUGUCAGCAGUGCUGUGCUUGUCAGCAGUGCUGUGCUUGUCAGCAGUGCUGUGCUUGUCAGCAGUGCUGUGAUUGUCAGCAGUGCUGUGCUUGUCAGCAGUGCUGUGCUUGUCAGCAGUGCUGUGCUUGUCAGCAGUGCUGUGCUUGUCAGCAGUGCUGUGCUUGUCAGCAGUGCUGUGCUUGUCAGCAGUGCUGUGCUUGUCAGCAGUGCUGUGCUUGUCAGCAGUGCUGUCCUUGUUAGCAUUGCUGUGCUUGUUAGCAGUGCUGUGCUUGUUAGCAUUGCUGUGCUUGUUAGCAUUGCUGUGCUUGUUAGCAUUGCUGUGCUUGUUAGCAUUGCUGUGCUUGUUAGCAUUUCUGUGCUUGUUGCUCACUCCCUCUCUGGCUCAUUGCAAGUGCGACCACUCACCUGCCUCUGGUGUGGUGGGUGGGACGAGCAGGGCAAGGAGCAGCUGGCCAAGUGGGUGCGAGGGGGUGCAGCAUCCAAGGUGUGA